CUGGAGAUCGUCCCGGCCUACGAGGAAUUCGCGGUCCGGAUCCAGUUCUUCGGCGACGAGAUCGAGCGUAUCCUGACGCUGGACACGCUGACCGGCGAGGUGCUCAACGAGCGCAGCGAGUUUUCCGUAUACCCGGCCAAGCACUUCGUGACCAGCCGGGAGAAGCUGGACGCCGCGCUGAUCGACAUCGACGCCGAGAUGAAAGAGCACGUCGACUGGCUCCGGCAGCAGGGCAAGUUGCUGGAGGCGCAACGCCUGGAGCAGCGCACCCGAUACGACAUGGAGAUGCUGAACGAAACCGGCUUCUGCGCCGGCGUCGAGAACUACGCACGGCACCUGUCCCGCCGCGAGGCCGGCAGCCCGCCGUGGACACUGUUGGACUACUUCCCCGACGAUUUCCUGAUGUUCGUCGACGAGUCCCACAUGACGCUGCCGCAGGUGCGCGGGAUGUACAACGGGGACAUCUCCCGCAAGACCACGCUGGUGGAGUUCGGGUUCCGCCUGCCGUCGGCGCUGGACAACCGGCCACUGCAUUUCAAAGAGUUCGAGGACCACAUCAACCAGGUGGUGUACGUCUCCGCGACCCCGGGCCCGCUGGAGCUGGAGCGCACCAGCGCCAUCGUGGAGCAGGUUAUCCGCCCCACGGCACUGCUGGACCCGACCAUAGAGGUCAAGCCCACCGACGGGCAGAUCGACGACCUGCUGCAUGAAAUUCGCCAGCGCGUGGAAAGCCAGGAGCGCGUGCUGGUGACCACGCUGACCAAGCGCAUGGCCGAGGAACUGGCCGACUACCUGUCGGAGGCCGGCAUCCGCAACCACUACCUGCACUCGGAUAUCCAAACCUGA